AUGGCAUCCCAACUCAAAGAGGAAAAGGGGGCUGCUAACCGGGACUUACGCAAGGGAGUUCUCCAGGUGAAGGAGGAGCAAAUACAGGACCCUUGGGAUCAACCGUGGGAUGACAAACAGGAACUCCAGGAGGAAACUGCCCAACUCAAGGAGGAAAGGGAUGCCUUUAUCUAUAUAUUGCUGUCUAAUGCUGUGACCGUCAUCUUUUUUCUUGGAAAAGGCAUAAGAGACUUGGAAAAGAAAAUAAAGGAACUCCUGGAGCAAAUGGGGGACUUGGAAAAGACAAUAAAGGAACUCCAGGAGCAAAUGGAUAAACCGUGGGAGCACAAACGUGCCUUAAUCUGUUUAUUGCUGUCUAUUGCUGUGACCGUCAUUAUAGUUCUUGAAAAAUGCAAAAGUAACUUAAUCUGUUUAUUGCUGUCCAGUGGUGUGACCGUCAUCCUACUACUUGGAAAAAGGAAAAGUAACUUAAUCUGUUUAUUGCAGUCUAGUGGUGUGACUGUCAUCCUAAUUCUUGAAAAAUUCAAAAAUCAACUGUGGGAGGACAAAUAUCAACUGUGGGAGGACAAAUGUGCCUUAAUCUGUUUAUUGCUGUCUAGUGAUAUGACCGUCAUCCUAAUUCUUGAAAAAUUCAAAAGUAGCUUUAUCCGUUUAUUGCUGUCUAAUGGUGUGAAGGUCAUCCUAGUUCUUGAAAAAUUCAAAAAGGAACUGCAGGAGCAAACAGGAGAAUUGGAAAAGACAAUAAAGGAACUGCAGGAGCAAACAGUGAAACCCCAGGAACAAAUAGAUGAAAUAAAGAAGGAAUUAGAAUGGAGAAGGGUUCGGAACAAUUCAGAUGACAUCACUCUUCAUGGAGUCACGGCCCACCCCAACCUCUCCAUUUCUGGGGAUAAGAAGAGUUUUACACAUGAAGCCCAACCUCAAAAAGUUCCAUCAAAUCCAGAGAGGUUCGAUUCGACCGUAUGUGUGUUGGGCUCUGACGGAUUCUCCUCUGGAAAGCACUACUGGGAGGUGGAUGUUGUGAGCAGCACUGACUGGGACCUGGGAGUGGCCAGAAAGUCAAUACAGAGAAAAGGAAAACUUUCCCUGUCCCCUAAAGAGGGAUUCUGGGCUCUGGGUCUGAGUGGGAGAGAUUAUUGGGCAAAAACAGACCCAUGGACCCUGGGUCAUAGUGCAGAAAAAGCCCAAGAAAAUUGGAGUUUACCUUAGUUACCAAGAGGGGCAGGUGAUUUUUUUCAAUGUAACUGACAUGUCUGUGUUGUUCACAUUUAAUGAUUGUUCAUUCUCAGGAGAGGUUUAUCCAUUCUUUAAAAAUUCCCACAAAGAAACAACAAUGAGAAUUUGUUCAAUUAAAGAGGAAUAUAUAUAACAUGACACUGAUGAUGAUUUUAUACUGAUGUAACUGAAAUCAAGGUUUUCAUUAAUGUAUUUUGAUUAAAAAGCUAUGUUUUUUUUAAAU